AUGAGGUUUGCAUCAAUAACAGCAAUUGUGAUUGCGAUGUGCUUAAUCACUCUAGUCAACUCUUUUCCUGCUUCCGAAACUCGGUUUCGCUCAAAGAUAAUUGAGACAAAAGUCAACUCGAUAGUGUCCCAAGUGAUCAAAAUACUGGGCCCGACAGUGUUGCGCACGACUUUGAAUAACGGGGGCCAGAAUAAGUCCCCGGAAGACAGCUCGAGGAGCGACGAGGACGGCUCUCUAGUGACCGCUGCCUCGCCCUUCGACGACGAGGAGUUGCUCGAGGAGGACACUGAGACUGAUAAGGCUAACGAGAUAAGUUCCGAAUCGGACGCAACCAACACUAAGAGCAGUGAGCCCCAGAAAAAACCAGAAGACGCAAGCGUAGCGGAGUCGAACCACAACGAGGUGAAGGUCCAGUUCGCGGACCAGGACAAUCUGGAAGCCGCUACCGACAGCGGCGAUUUGCCCCCGCUGGAGGAAAUCGAGGUCCCGGAGGACGAGAACAGGAACAAGAGGUUCCUCAGCUUUGGCUUCGGAGGUAGUGGAGCCGCGGGAGGUAGUGGAGGCGGAUCAGGAAAUUUUCUCUUUGACAUUAUUCGACAAGCAGCCGACGGGGCGGCAAGAGCGGCAGGGACGGUUUACCGCGUGGUAGCGGGCACACAAAGCCUCGGUCUAGGUCUAAGCGCCUCGCGAGAUCUAGCACCGUCCCCUACAACCGCAGCAAGUGCCGCCCCCGCAGCCCCCGCCACCCCCGCAGCCGCCCCUGCGCCCGGAACUGCCACGCAACCAUCGUUAGUCGCGGGCAGUGGAUCGGCAUCAAGUGACGGAAGCUCGACAGUAAGAACUGAAGAGGAAGCGGUACCCGGACCUAUUACGAGGCUAUUCGUAAUCGCUAAUCGGGGGAUUUCCAAUCUUGUACAGGACAUUAUUCUCAGACUUGCAGCAACGAGCGAACGGAUUGUCAACUUCAAAGCACGAUUAAUCACAUCCAUCAUAUGAAAUAGCGUAAUUAGCCUAACUAGACAACAAAACAACAAAACAACUAAAGAAUCGUAGGUACGACGCAGUAACGAAAAAAUAAGUAGUUGCUCUUUGUUCCUGUGAUUCAAAAAUAAAAUACAAUGGAUUUGCAGCAU